AUGGCUCCAGUAGCCUUACAGAAGCUUACUGCAUUGCAGCGGGCUCGUGAAGGCGAAAUAGAAGGCUUGCGGCAGAGGUUAACAAGCAAACCGCGAGAUACGCUUACGAAACGAGUCGUUAAAUCGCGACUUGACGCUCUAAAUGAAAUUUGGACAGAGGUUCGUAAGGCUCACGCUGAGAUCAUCGUUCGAGAAAACGCGGAUGCCGACCCGUACGUCACCGAUGAUUGGUUCGGGCGAAUUCAGGGUGUAUUCAGGGUUCAGGGCGAAUUCAGGAGUCGCGAAGACGCGCUCGUCCUCCCAAAACUCACCUCGCGUCUCCCAUCGGAUAGAUUUGGCGAUCUAGAUUUGCGACAAUUUGAGGGUCUUGCGCUGGUGGAUCCGGACUUUUCGGUUUCCCAAGAUGUAGACGUGAUUUUGGGCGCUGAUGUUUAUGGCCAGUUGCUCCGUCCCGGCUUGAAACGGUUCCCUACCUCACAACUUGUCGCUCAAAGUACGGCUUUUGGUUGGGUGAUUUCCGGUAUGGUGCGGUCCGACAAACGGCGGGCGGACAGGGCUCACUCUUCCUUGCCAACACGGGCACUUCAUUGCUUGGGUGAGCCGGAUUUGGAGCGGGUCCUGCGGCGCUUUUGGUCUCUCGAGGAGAUUGCUCCGAAUUCGGGUGGAUUGACGCCCGAGGACGAGAUGGCUGAGCAUUUGUUCGGGGAGGCUCACAGUCGCGACUCGCGAGGUCGGUGCGGGGUCUGGCUUCCUGUGGGACCGGAGCAUCCUAGGGUGGCUAACGAGACUGGAUCAAUGGCGCUUAAAUCUCUCUCUGGUAUGCAACGUCGACUGUCGCGAGACGCUAGAUUGGCUGAGGCAUACGGUAGCUUCAUGAGGGACUACGAACGCCUGGGACAUAUGACUCGAGUCCCGGCCUUAGAAAUACGGUGCGAGGACGCGUGGUACCUUCCACAUCACGCAGUGAUUCAGGCUUCAGGUGACAAAUGGAAACUUCGCGUUGUGUUUGAUGCCUCUCGGACAACUCGCGAAGCGCACUGCCUGAAUAACUUUUUGUGGUCAGGACCCCCCCUCCAGAGCGAUCUGUCAUUGAUCCUCUCAAAUUGGCGAAAAUACCGUUUUGCGUUUAUCGUGGACAUGGUGAGGGUGUUCCGGCGGGCUCUGGUCGUGCGCGAGGACCGGGAUCUGCAGAGGGGUGUGUGGGCGACGAUCGCUGACGCCGGUCCUGUUGAUUACCGUUUGAAUGCUGUCGCGUGCGGGACGACUUGUGCCCCAUAUCUGGCCAUCCGCACGCUUUCGCAGUUGGUUAUUGAUGAGGGGGUUGACUUUCCUCUCGGAGCGGUGGUGUAA